CAAACCUGUUCACCUUGGCUGCUGCUUCAGCAAACCCACAUACCUUCAGACAGCAUACUGCAACAUUCUCAGGGUAGUUUCUCUCUGAAAACCUCAGUUUUUGUCCAUAUCGGUGUUUUCCUUUUGGAAUAGUAGACAUGUUGACGGUGUACAUGGCCAGUGUGAGCGGUUCUGUGGAGAUGAAGAAAAAUCAAGAACGGAUCUUUUCUGUCCUCACUUCUAAGAAAAUUGCCUUCAAGCAGGUGGAUAUUACUCAGAACACCCAGGACAAGGAUUUAAUGAGGAAGAAGGCAAACAAUCCAACUGCACUUCCUCCACAGAUAUUCAACGGAGAUGUAUACUGUGGAGACAUUAAUGCAUUCAACGAAGCGAUUGAGAAUGAAGAACUUGAGAAGUUCCUCAAGCUAUAAAGGGAAUACUGAGCAGCAAUGUGAGCAAUACUAAUGGAAUUUGCUUCACAAACUAUUAUGAAAGGAUAUCUUUUUGCUCAUCUAUGUGCCAUAGAGUAUGCUUUAUUGCUACAUGAUGCCAAGAAGUGUUGUCUUUCUUUUGGGUAGCAGCACAUUUUGGAAUGUUGUAAAAGUGAAAUAAAGUGUUUCAAAACUG